GCCAGCAGUCAGUCUCCGGAGAAGUGCUGUCGUGUGCGGUUGUUUUGGCUACGAAGGUACUUGUCGGGCGCAAACAAAGGUUUGGACUGAAAAAAAGUUGCAAAUAUCUAUGGAAGAGUGUGUAAAACAUUGCUGCAUCGAGUGAGCCUUAACUCGCCGGGAUAUUUUAAUCAGCUCAAGGUACUGUGGGUGGGUGUGUUGUUUAUCGGUAGAGUUGGGAAAAGCAAGUCUUGCUGUUUUGUUUAUUAAUAGAUCCAGUGGUACUCAUUGAAUAAAGGAAUUGAAGAGGUGCUUAAUUGUGCGAAAACAUGGAUGGUGAUAGUGCUCAAUCGUUUUGUGAAUUUAAACAACAAGUGUCAGCUGUGCCCCAAUACGGUGUAAAAGUAAAAUUCAAUCAUGUGUUCCCGGAGACUAGGAACCAAAACCUGAAGCCAUCGUUCCGCCAAAUAUGGCCCAUCAUCCCGUUAGCCCUAAGAUAUAUCCCGUACUACUGGAAGGUGUCACGCGAAAACCGCCAGGUACUGAUGGACUACUGGUACACCCAGAACGGCAAGCAGAUUUACGGAGCCCCGAUCGGGGGCAUUGGCGCCGGCACGAUUGGGCGUGGAUUCGCCGGCGAGUUCUGCCGGUUCCAGCUCAAGCCGGGCCUGUACGAGUAUAACACUGUGCACGCGAACCAAUUCAUCGUCACCAUUAAGGACGAGAACAAUGUAACCAUUUUCCAGAGUUUGCUUUCCUCGUACAGCCGACCUAAGAGCCCGCUGGGCAGCUGGGAGAGCAACAUAAAUUCGUCGAAGUGCAACUACACUGCACUCUAUCCGCGAGCCUGGUCAGAGUAUGAUCUCAGCGAUUACGGCAUCAAGCUGGUCCAGCGCCAGAUUUCUCCCAUCAUUCCCCAUGACUACAAGGAAAGUUCUCUGCCGGCGGCGGUUUUCGUUUGGACGGUGGAAAACGUCUGCGGUAAGGAUCGGCAGGUAACGAUCACAUUCACGUUCAAAAAUGGAACCGGUAAUAAGAAGCAGGACGCAGAAGGAAACUGCGAAACGGCCUCAUUCGACCACGGUGCCGCCAAAGGAGUCAGUAUUAAGCAAUCGAUCGUAGAUAUGCAGUGUACCUAUUGCAUCAGUUGUAAGUCCUCGUCGGAGAUUAAUUUGACACGAUGCGAAAAGUUCGAUCCAACCACGAAUGGUGAAAAGCUUUGGAACGAUUUGAAGGAAAAUGGAAACCUCACAGAGAAGUCAUUCGACGAGAACAUAAAAGGUAAGGAUGUAGCAGUUGCUGUGAGCGCACAAAUUCUAGUACAAUCAGAAAGAAGCUCCGAGCUGGAAUUUUCUCUAGUCUGGGAUAUGCCAAAGAUUCAUUUUGCUAAGCGAGUGAAAGAGUACUACAAAUACUAUACCAAAUAUUUUGGAAAAAGUGGAGAUGCUGGGCCAUCGAUUUCGGAUUACGCCCUACAAAACUAUGGAAAAUGGGAGGUGCUAAUAGACGAAUGGCAACGGCCUAUUUUAAAUGAUAGUGAUCUACCGGACUGGUACAAAAGUGCUAUAUUCAAUGAACUAUACUUCAUCGCCGAUGGAGGCAGUGUGUGGCUCACCACUGACGAAGCUGAUCUUCCGUACGAUGAUCCCAGAUUGGCAUAUGGAAGAUUUGCAUACUUAGAAGGUCACGAGUAUCGUAUGUAUAACACGUAUGACGUUCACUUCUAUGCAUCCCAUGCGCUGGCAAGUUUGUGGCCUAAUCUGCAAGUCAGUUUACAAUAUGAUUAUAAGGAUGCUAUAUAUCACGAGAUUGCCGAAGGACGAAAGCAUCUGUAUGAUGGGAAAAUAACACCAAGAAAGGUCGGUCACUCCGUUCCUCAUGAUUUGGGCGAUCCAGAUGAGGAACCGUUCGAACUGAUCAACGCAUACCCGAUACACGAUGUGUCCGAGUGGAGAGAUUUGAAUACCAAGUUCAUCCUUCAGGUCUACCGGGAUUAUUACACGCUCAGUCAUUACGCACACCUCAAUGCGGAGAACGCGAGCAAAUUCAGCUCGAUUGAGUUUAUCGACAAGGAAAGUACGUACGAGAUGUACAUUCAGGACAACCGGAACAGGGUUUCCCCGGAGGAGAAAGCACAAAACCGAAAAUCGGCCUCGAUGUACAUCAACGAAUCCAACGGGAAGGUGUACCUGAUGGACGCUAUGGCCUAUCUGAAAAGUAUGUAUCCGGCCUGCAAGUUGGUGCUGGAGAAGACACUCGAGUGGGACACGGACGGUGACGGUUUGAUCGAGAACAGUAAAUCACCCGACCAGACAUACGACACGUGGGUUAUGGACGGGCCGAGUGCUUACUGUGGAGGUCUUUGGCUGGCCAGCCUUCACUGUAUAUCGGUGAUGGCGAAUUUGCUCGACCAAUCGGAGGAUUGUGUCAAGUAUCAGGAAAUUUUGGAGAAAGGUAAGGCGUCAUUCGAGGAGAAACUGUGGAAUGGAUCAUACUAUAAAUUCGACGCACAAAGUACUUCGAAAAAUUCCAUUAUGUCGGAUCAAUUAUGUGGCCAUUGGUACCUGCGUUGUUGUGGUUUCGAUUACGACAUAUUGCCAAAGGAAAACGUUCGAACAGCACUCAAAACGAUAUUCGAUAACAAUGUGAUGGGCUUUUGCGGUGGGAAUAUGGGGGCAGUCAAUGGGUACACCCCCAGUAACCUACCGAACAAAGAUGGUCGACCGGAUAUUUCAACACUGCAGGGGGAAGAAGUUUGGACCGGUGUAACUUAUGCUCUGGCUUCGACGAUGAUUCACGAAGGGAUGUUUACUGAAGCGUUUCAAACUGCCGGAGGACUUUACCAAACACUUUCAGAAAAAAUUGGUAUGAAUUUUGAAACUCCAGAAGCGCUCUAUGCUGAACGGCACUACCGGGCUAUCGGUUACAUGCGACCCCUCAGUAUUUGGUCCAUGCAGACUGCCUGGGAGCAGAAGAAGUUACAUAGGGACUAAAUAUACUACAUUCAUAUGAAUUUGUGCAAUAAAUGUUAGGUUUGUGUUCGAAGUGAAUGACGAUACUCAAAUGUCAUUAUAUGUUGUGAUAAGCAUCAAAUUAUUGUUUAUAGAGUAAGCAGAAGUGCAAUUUUUUAAACAUAUUUACCUAUCCCAUAAAAAUUUUUGACUAGUACUACAUAGUGUUUCCAAGUGCUUUUGAGAUCUUAAUUGCUUCCGCUAUCUCGAACUAAAUUUAAAAUCUGGAUGAAGUUCUACUUAUUCUAAUCUUAAUUACAACUUUUCUAUUAUUGAACAUUCUGCCAUUGAAUAUGCUGCGGUCUACAGAUACAUUUAACACAAAAGUACAAUUUUAAUUUUAACUGAAAAAAGUAAACAGAGUAACACAACAUGUUUCAACAGCAGUCACUAUCGCUCUCGGAUAACUAAUUUCGAAAUUGAAAAAUGCGAAUUGAGAAGUUCCAACAUGUGAAGGGGAUCAGUAGUAACGAGCUUAAUUGCAAAAUGUGUUCAAGUUAAUGAUACUAAGCUUCGUAUGCUUAUGAAUUUAUGAUAAUACGAUAACAGCAAAAAUGGUACGAUCAUGUGAUGCUGCUACAAAAAUCAAAUAAAAUAAUGGGAAAAUACAAGUCAGGUGAUUCGGCUUCCGUGACCGAAUGAUCCCGUGGCCGAGUGGUUAGCGUCAUAACUAACAUGCCGGGUGUUCGGGUUCGAUUCCCGUUCUGGUCGGGAGAAUUUUUCGUCAAAGAAAUUUCCUCCGACUUGCACUGUGAUCACGCGUAUUCUAGAGCUUGCCACUCAGAAUGCAUUCAAGGCGUGUUAUUUGGCAUAGAAAUCUCAACUAAGUACUAAUAAAAAUGACGCAAGUAAUACUACGUUGAGACGGCGAAGUUCCUCUAGGAACGUUAGUGCCAUUGAAGAAGAAGAAGACCGAAUGAUUAGCGGCCUCAGUGCUUAUCCUACAUAACGUGUUCAACCCCCGUUCGGAACGAGUGAUUUUUCUCGUCAAUAGAAAUUCUAUCGACUUAUAAACACAUAUCUUCAAGUCGACAAAAAUACAAUCACACAUACCACUCAAAUCAAUGCCUAUUAUUCGGCAUCGAAACUUCAAUCAAAUACUGAGGGAAUGACGAAGUUCCUGUAUGGAACGUAAGUGUAAUUGAAGAGGACGAUAAAGCGUUUUAUUGAAAGCAGUUGUAAAACAUAGCUGUAUUAUGCGUGUAAUGCUUCUAUCACUGAUAAAUUGUGUGACGAACCAGCCAAAAGUGUUGAAAGUCACUAUAAUACAGAAAGAAAAAAAACUGAUAAAUUGCGUGCUACUUUAAUCAUAAACUGUAUUCGAAAACAAGGCAAGGCUUAACAUUCAAAAAUAUUUCAAAUUUUAAUCAAUAGAGGGUUCGUUCAAAACCAGCCAAAAGUGUUGAAAGUCACUAUAAUACAGAAAGAAAAAAAAACUGAUAAAUUGCGUGCUACUUUAAUCAUAAACUGUAUUUGAAAACAAGGCAAGGCUUAACAUUCAAAAAUAUUUCAAAUUUCAAUCAAUAGAGGGUUCGUUCAAAACGUAACGCAAUAUAUUUCAUGUAUUCAUAUCUAUUUACACAAAGUAUUGAGUAUUUCACUGAAAUUGAUUAUUUUGAAUGUAUUUUUGAUAAUUCCACAAAUGCGGUCUACACCUUGUGGUGCUAAAAAAUUCACAACAAUGUUGAAUGAAUAAUAUACGUUCAAAUAUAUAUUCUAUUACGAGACGCCAGAGGUAUUUAUUAUCGUUAGAUUUAAAAGCAAUGAGCUUUCUGUUAGACAGUAUAACGAGCUAUAUAUUUCCGGUUUUCACAAACAGUUGCGGAUCUAAAAUUUUCAAGUAACAACGUUUCCACAAAUUUGUAGUUGCAUAUGCGGAAUAUAAAUUCAUCGUAGCUCGACUAGCGAAAACGGCCUGUCAGAAUUGUCUGUACAAAAUAAAAUGUAUGCAAAAACAAAUCGCAGCGCUAUCAUUUGAGUGUAAUAAACAUUAAUGGAUAA